AUGACGCUCUACUACACUCUCGUCUUCGUCCUCCUUGUCCUGGAGAUGACGCUUUUCAUGCUCUUGAUCGUUCCUCUCCCCUUUGGCGUCAAGCGCAAGAUCUUUACCUUCAUUUCCGAGAACCCAGUCGUGGCAAAAAUACAGUACUGGAUGAAGAUUACCUUCGUCUUCAUCCUCAUUCUGUUCAUUGACAGUGUGAACCGCGUCUACCGCGUUCAGAUUGAACUCAUGGCUGCCUCGGAGCAGGCCCACAAGGGAUCUGCCGCUGGCGUCAUGGGCCACGAGCGUCUCGAAGUGCAGGCACGCAAGUUCUACUCUCAGCGCAACAUGUACCUCUGCGGUUUCACCCUGUUCCUGUCGCUCAUCCUCAACCGCACCUACGUCAUGAUCAUCGAGGUCAUGCGUCUUGAGGACCGCCUCAAGUCCUACGAGGGUACCAACAAGGACACCAAGCAGAGCGAGAAGCUCGCUGUGGCCGGCAAGCCCGGUGAAUUGGCUGGCUUGAAGGAGAAGCUCGAGAAGAAGGACCAGGACCUGCAGACUCUCAAGAAGCAGAGCGAGCAGCUGCACAAGAGCUACGACGAACUCAGCGAUAAGUACGCUGCGUUGCAGAAGGACCACGAGAGCACCAAGACCAGGUAA